CCCCAGUCCACAAGCCGCCAUGGGAACUCCCAUGAACGCUACUUCCGAGGCCACUUUAAUCUUUCCAUACCAGUAUUUUCUUCGCCAACUCAACCACCCCGGACCUGGCCUGAAAUCCUCAUCGGAUCUUCUCGUUGAACCCCACUAGAGCUGCACUGUGCAGCAGUAAACUCUUGUUCCACACGCCUCUAUAAAAUAACACAUAAUCCCUCAUCCUCCCGCUCUAUCUUCUCUUUCCUCGCAAGCGAGUGUUCCUGUCCUCGUGAGGACCUCAUUGAUAUCAACACCAAAAUCAUUCCUGUGAUUUUAGAGAAAAGCAGGCAUCAUGACCGACGACGUCAUUAACCAACAUCAUAAUGCCACGAGCCAGGCCGUGACGGGUGCUCCUCGCAGCUCAGAAACCAGCGACGACCACGAGUCUUUUAAUACAGAGAAAAAUAACGAACAUAGGAUCCUGAAAAGAGUGAUCUAUCCAGAUGAUACGCAUACGCCUGAAGGUGUCUACUGGGCGGAUUUACCUUUUACGAAGCAAAUGGCGUUCAAUGCUAGUGUCGACAAUGCCGAAGCUAAGUCGGAACUUAAAGCCAUCGGAACCAUGAUGAAGAAGGACCCCUUGAGCCCUAUUGGUUGGUAUUUAAAAAAUGCGGUUUUGCCGGGUGCUGGUUUAGGUUUGGAGGGGUACGUUUCUCAAUUUUGCUUUCAAGGAAAAACCAGUGGUGUUCUUUUUUGGGGCUGAAUUAACAUUUUCUUAUAGUUAUGUUUUAUUUUCUAUUGGGAACCUAACACCGCUUUUUGCGGCUGUUUGGCCCUCUUGUUGGAAGAAUUAUACCGAUUGUGAUAAAACCUGGGUCGAUGGCGUACAAUACCUAGAGGUUCUUGGUAUCAUCGUCGGUCAGAUUCUUGUUGGUUAUCUUGGUGAUCGGUAAAAUGUCCCAUGACACCCUUUGCAAAACAAAUCUAACAACUAGUCAGUAUGGGUCGUCGAUUUGGUUUAAUUCAAGAUGCCACCAUCAUGUUCCUAGGUCUUCUCAUGCUGUGUGCAUCUUGGGGCAUCACACUCAACUCAUGGGUGAUCUUUUACGGCUGGACUCUCUUCUUCUACGGAAUUGGUGUCGGAGGAGAAUACCCAAUGACAGCAACUGCCGCCAUGGAAAACGCAAGCGGAGCCGGCAAGGUCUCAACCAGAGAUGACCGUCUUCACCGUGGCCGAAAAGUUACCAUGGCUUUCCUUAUGCAAGGAUGGGGACAAUUCUUCAACCAAGUUAUCCUCAUCGUUCUCCUCCUCAUCUUCCACCAUGGAAGCGGAAACCCACCAUACUCCAAGGUCUCGGCUCAAUGGACUUUCCGUGUUUCUUUCGCACUUCCAGCUGCUGGAACACUUUGGCUCGUCUAUCACAGAAUCUACAAAAUGCCCCUUGCAUCCAAGCAACUCGAAGAAGUCAAGAAGAAGUCCAGUGUUACUGGUUAUGACAUGCAAUCCCUCAAACUAACCUGCAACCACUUCGGAGGGCGUCUUAUCGCCACAGCUGGGGCCUGGUACUGCAACGAUGUCUUCUUCUACGGAAACAAACUCUUCCAAUCGCAAUUCAUCUCGGUUAUCUCCCCAGGAAACACUUCAAUCAUGACCGGUUGGCUCUGGAACUUGGUCAACGUGGGUGUAUCUCUCUGUGGUUACUACCUCGCAUCCUUCCUCAUCGACAUCAAAUUCGUCGGACGUAAACGCAUGCAACAGCUGGGUUUCCUCAUGGACUUUAUCUUGUUCGUCGUCCCAGCAUUCCAUUACGAAUACUACGCCAAGUCACCUCUACAUAUUGGCGCCUUUCAAGCUAUGUACUUUCUCUCCUCCUUCUUCAACCAGUUCGGUCCCAACAGCACCACCUUCCUCGUCGCCGCCGAGGUCUUCCCUACACCUGUCCGAGCUUCAGCCCACGGUUUCUCUGCUGCGAUAGGAAAACUUGGUGCUCUCACAGCUGCUGUCAUGUAUAACUACAUCACCACCGAGCAAAAGUUCUACGUCGUCCCGUGGUUUGGUCUUGCCGGUAUGCUUUUGACGAUGCUUUUCCUCCCCGACACUACCGGUCUCGAUCUCAAAGAGCAAGAACGUCGCUUCACUUAUAUCCGACAAGGCCGCGAGGAAGAAUAUCACGGUAUUGCAGUGCACCCCCAUCAUUUGAGUAUGUGGGAGCGUAUGCGUGGUGCUGGUAAACACUAUAACCCACGAUUGGAUUAUCAAAGCAAGGUUGAGGACUUGAGACGGGAGUGGGUGGAACGACAGGGUGAGAAAAUGGCCAGCGAGCACGGAAUUGGCGCCGAGGGAGAUGACGACUUUGAUAAGGAUGUUCGUGAGCUCUUUAUGAGAAGUCAUAAGAGGACGAAUAGUGACGAGAGUGAGAAGUAUAAGAUGGCUCAUAUUCAAGCGCCGCCGAGUUCGAAGGGGAGUGAUAGAUUGGGGGAGGGAAUGUUUGCUAAGACUCGUCAGGCUGAUGCUUAAGUCUGCUUUCCUUCUUGUAUUAAUGGGGUUCGUUGCAUCUUCUUUCACGGCAUUAUUUGGGAUGGAGAUAUGGGAUUUCUUUCGGGAUAUUUGGGAAAAAGCACGCAGGGAAAUUUGCGCACUGCUGUUAUCGCUGAAACUUGUAGAUGGGGGGUCAUUAUUUGGUAUGAUUACUACUGUAUUGUUUAUUUACGAGACAGGAGAUCAGAAAGGAAGAAAGAUAGAUACCCUGGGUUUAAAGAAAGAUAGAUGGAAGGCCCUUGGUAGAGAGAAUGAACGAAAUUUAAUGAUAUCAUCCAAAUACUUUUCUUGUUGUGCUAUAGAAUGUGAAAUUACUUGGC